AUGGGCGGCUUCAUCCCCGACGCGAUCCUGUACCUCUCCUACUUUUACAAGAAGACAGAGAUGCCGCUGCGCCUCGCUUUCUUCUGGUUUGUCAAUUCCCUUUCCGGCGUGAUCGCCUCCUUCAUCGCGUAUGGGGUGCUGCACAUGCGCGGCGUGGCGGGACGAGCCGGCUGGCGGUGGCUCUUCCUCAUCAAGGCACUGAUCAGGCUGGUCAUUGGUGUUUCCAGCUUCCUGUUCCUUAUCCCCGGCCCAACCCAGACAGCCACCUGGUGGAACCCGAAAGGGUACUUCACCAAACGCGAGGAGAAGAUCAUCGUUAACCAGGUCCUGCACGACGACCCCUCCAAAGGUGAUAUGCAUAACCGACAGGCGCUGAGCAUGGGGAUGCUCUGGCACAGUCUUAAGGACUAUGACCUCUGGCCCAUCUACAUUAUCGGCAUCCUGUUCGAGAUCCCCACCUCCCCGCCGAAAUCCUACCUAAGUCUCUCGCUCCGGGCCAUCGGCUUCUCGACCUUCCAGACGACCCUGCUGGGAAUUCCCGUCACCGUCUUCGCGGCGCUCAAUUUGCUGGUCGUCAUCGCGCUCACCGAUCGCUUCCACCAGAUCGCAGCCAUCGGCAUCCUCACGCAACUCUGGUCGCUCCCGCUUCUGAUUGUCCUGUACACUUCCGCCAGGACCCUCUCCCACUGGGGCCUCUACGCAGUCACCUUUGUGCUCCUGGGCUGGCCCUCCCCGCAUGCAGCACACGUUGGCUGGUGCUCGCGGCUGAGCAACGCUCUGUCUGGGAUCGCCUCGUCAAAUAUCUACCGCGAGGACGAUAAGCCGUACUACCGGCGGGGUAAUUCACAGUUGAUUGCAAUCAAUGUUGCCACGAUCGUGGCGUACGUGUUGGCCAAGGGCUACUAUGUUGCCAGGAAUCGGUGGAAGAAGCGACUCUGGGAGGCGAUGAGUGAGAUUCAGAAGGCAGAGUAUCUCGAGACGACUACGGAUGAGGGGAAUAAGCGGUUGGAUUUUUUGUUCGACAGUUAG